AUGACCAUGGGCAAGCGAAAGCAGAUUCCGACCGAACUUCAUUCUGAGCUCUCCGAAUACUCGUCACUGCUUCGAGCUUUACGAACCAGCCACACCCUUGACCUCAGCUCUCAACUGACCCAACGCCAGUCCAGCCCACAGUCCGGUAGCACGUCUCAGGAGGACCUUGACGAGCUCAUCGCACUUGACGAUGCCGACCGUUCACAGGACGACCUUCGAGCAGAAGCUGAUGCACACACGCUAAAUGCCAUGACAGCAGACUCGUCUUAUCAUGCAGCACGGUCCUCGGCAUCGCAAUCUCAAGGAAAGAAGAAAAGUGACACCUGGAUGAGGUGGCCUCUCCUAGAAGGAGAUGUACUCGUCCCAGAAUGGGGAUUCGAAGACGAGAUAAAAUUACUUGGCUUGCAUGUACUGCGCUCUCACUACGGCCAAGAUGCUACAUCCGACGAGGACGAUUGGGACGAAGAAUUCGAAUCAUCUGCCUGGUCCUCUUCUCUUGCACAGGUCUCCUCGUUGCACCUCUCACGUAUCCUAGGGCUCUUGGCCACGCACACUCCCAUCGGAAACAAGUCCAUGCAGAAUCGCAUCAACCCUGUGGGCUGGGAAAUGGUAAUCAACGCCCUAGGCGCUUAUGGGAGUGAUUUCAUCGACGAAACGUCUGUAUUACAAUCUCGCAUGUCAAUAUAUCUUCCAUCUCUCAAUCUAUUCAAUUUGAAAUUUGCAGAGCUCUAG